ACGGUGCGUGGCCGGGAAGGGAGGCGGCUCUCCGGGGAGGCCCCGGCUCCGGCGAGGGCGACGUGCGCCGGGUCUGCGGGCAUAGCGUCCCGCUUCUUUCGUGCGGCCGGGCUCCUGGCGAUGAGAGAGAAAACACAGGGGUACAGCGAACUGAGAGAAGGUGCCCAUCUGAUUAGACAAGAAACAUGAGGAAAAAAUAGGAAGAGAUGGUAGAUUAUGCCAAGAUGUACGUCUAGGUACUCGCUCACCGGCGGUGCUGCAUCCCAGGGAGGGAGGGAGGAACAAUCUGACUUCACCCAUCUCAGUAGGUGGCUGGGCAAUUGGUAUAUGGAGAAUUCUUCACUAGCCAUUACAUGAACAAGAAACAGGAGGAAAAUUGUCUGAUACGGGAAGUGGAAAAGAACUGGAUAUUGUCGUGGACGGAGAAAAGAAUUUAGAGGACAAAAGUUACAAAACUUGGUUUCUUACAGAUCUGUUUUAUAGGGUAAAAAUGAACGUAGGAGUUGCACACAGCGAGGUAAAUCCAAACACCCGGGUGAUGAACAGUCGUGGAAUGUGGCUGACAUACGCGCUCGGAGUCGGCAUGCUGCACAUUGUCUUGCUCAGCAUUCCUUUCUUUAGUGUCCCUGUUGCCUGGACUUUAACAAAUGUGAUUCACAACCUGGGAAUGUAUGUGUUUUUGCAUGCAGUAAAGGGAACUCCUUUUGAAACACCUGAUCAGGGGAAAGCUAGGCUGCUAACACACUGGGAACAACUGGAUUAUGGAGUACAAUUUACAUCUUCAAGGAAAUUCUUCACAAUCUCUCCUAUAAUUCUGUACUUCCUGGCGAGUUUCUACACAAAGUAUGAUCCAACACACUUUAUCCUCAACACAACAUCUCUCUUGACCGUGCUUAUCCCCAAGCUGCCACAGUUGCAUGGCGUUCGAAUUUUUGGCAUCAAUAAAUAUUAAGCAGAAGGUUUGACACUGACCUCCCCUGACAUGGCUACUGCUGCUCCCCAGGUGAAGGAAACGAGGAGUCUGCUGUGCUGUGUAUCUAAUGGUAUUCAAUGAGAGGUGCUUUUACAUCUGAGAUACAAUUCCUACUUCCUGCAGCAUUGUCUGGGAUGAAAGUUCAGUUUAUAAGAAGAUGCCUUCAAAUACUUAAAUGUGAAUCGGAAACCUCUAGAAGAAAGAUUUCCAUGAAGAACUGGGCAGGCCCAGCUCUAAAGCAUAAUCCCCACUAAGACUGUAUGUAUACCUGGCUGAUGCAAGUGACUUGUAAGGAAGGUGCGAGUAACAGCUGAAAUGGAGAGCAGUGUUUCACAAAUACCCAGUCAACCAUAAUGCAAAUGGUAACUUUACAUAUAAAUCCAGGAUCCUCGAUGCCAAGGACUGGUGAGACCGCAUUCUUAGAUUAAGUGAAAGUAGCUAGUUUCUGCUGUAUGGAUUGUAGGUGGUUGUGCUUGUUAUUGCAUUGUAAAAGUUUGUCUCACAGUAAAUACUGUGGCAGCUAGCAUAAACUGAUGCUGUAAUUCAUGCCUUA